AUGAGCAGCGCGGAGCCGCCGCUCGGCGCCGGGCCGCGGGCUCAGCCCGCCUGGCAGCGGGAGAUCCUGGAGCGCAAGCGGGCCAAGCUGGCGGGGGCGGGCGGCGAGCCCGAGCCCCCCGCCGGGGAGCGGCUGGUGGUGGCCGAGAGCCUGGGCCCGCUCCGGGAGAACCCCUUCAUGCGGCUGGAGAGCGAGCGCCGCCGGCUGCGGCAGGGGCGGCCCGGGCCCGGCGCCGCGGCGCGGCCGCUGCAGCAGCUGCUGGAGCUGUACAGCGCCGUGCCCGGGAUCCGCACCAUCCGCGCCGACAACAUCCUCAUCAUCGAGUCCCGCACCGACCCCGCCGCCUGCUUCGCCGCGGGGGACGCGCCGCCCGCCCGCCGCCGGGACCCGGCCGGCCCCGACCCGCUGCGGGAGCUGCUGGCCCGGCGCGGGGCCGCGCUCGCCGAGAUCCGCGCAGACCAGGUCGUCAUCUACGAGACGGGCGAGCCGCCGGAGCCGCCCGAGGCGGCCGAGCCGGGCACCGUCAGCCGCCUCCUGGAGAAGUUCGGGCAGCGCCCGCGGGGCCGCCGCCGCCGCGGGGGGGACGCGCUGAGCGGGACCGGGACCGGCGGGGCCGCGGCUCUUCCGCAGGUGGGACCGGGCGCUGCCCGGGCCGCGGGGCCCGGCGCCCCCGCGCCCAUCCACAGGGGCCCCGGCUCCCCCCGGGCCCCGGCGCCAAAGGCGGCACCGGCAUCCCCGCCCGCGGUCCGCGCCGCUCCGCAGCCGCUGCCGGCGGCCCCCCGGGCUGCCACCCCGGCGGUGCCGGCCGCCCAGCCCGCUGUCCUGCAGCCGGUGUUCCCCGGGCUGCCACCCCAGCCCACGGCACCGUCCCGGGCUGUCCCCCCCCAGCCGCUGCCGGCUCCCCCGCGGGCUGUCACCCCCGAGCCCGCGGCACCUCCCCGGGCUGUCACCCCCCAGCCCGUGUCCCCCAGGCAGCUGGCUCCCCCUCGGGCUGUCACCCCGCAGCCCUCGACCGCCGCCCGGGCUGUCGCCCCGCAGCCCGCGGUUUCCCCGGGCCGUCACCCCGAGCCCGGCCCCCAGCCCACCCCGGCUGCCCCCCGGGCCGCAGCCCCCCAGGCGGUCCCCGCCGCCCCCAAGGCUGCAGCCCCCCAGGCCAACUGCUUCCUCCACAAGAUCAGCUCCAACUCGUUCACCGUCACCCCCCGGGGGCAGCCCCCCAGCGCCCGCGUCCCCGAGCCCGGAGCUGUCCCCGCGGGCCGCCCCGCGCCGCCCAAGGGGCCGCCAGUGCCAUCCGCCAGCCCUUCCCAUGCCAGAGCCAACGCCAGGAGGCCAAAGCCAGAGGAGGCCGAGGCGCCCGUGUCGCCCCUGCCCAGUGCCAGUCUGGCCCCCCGUGCCACCGGCGCCACUCAGCCGCUCUCCGCCUCAGCCCCCCGGGCCGGGGGCUCCUUCGAGAUCCACCCGGCCCCCAAGCCCGACUUGGCGGCCAUCCCAGCCCACGACCUGCAGGCUCAGGCUCUGGCCAAGCUGCGCCUGAAUUCACGCAAUUCCUUCCUGUUCGUGCCCCGGCGGGAGGGCGGCCCGGCUCGGCCCCCGGCCCACAUUGCCCGGCCGGGGCCACCGCCACCGCCCUCGGAGGAGAAGGCAGCGAAGGAGCCCCCGAGGGCUCCCGCCCCGGAGCAGGAGGAGCCCGUGGCUUCCCCGCCGGCGCCUCUGGACCCGUUGGUACCUGUGACUUACAUCGAUGACAUUGUGGAGCCGGACAGCGGGGAGGUUUCUCCCAGGGCCGGCUCGACUGCGAGGACGGGGAGCUUGGAUCAGCCCGGGGGAGCUGGGCCUGACCUGGAGAUGGAGUUCUCCUCCGUGCCCCUCUACAGACCCCACUCCGCGCCCCACCAGAGGGGAGGCAGCACCUUCACUGUCGUGCCCAAAAGGAAGCCCGUUGCCUCGGGGCUGCAGACUCUCGCUGAUGCCAGCGGAAAGCCGCAGCGGGAGGAAGAGGACGAGGAGGAGGAGAGCAAAGGAAGAGGCAAAGCCAUGGAGAACGCUGAUGGGCCCCAGGUGGGGAUACCCCAUAAAAAGCGCUACCCCUCGGUGAACGAGAUCGAAGUGAUCGGAGGGUACCUGUCCCUGGAGAGGUCCUGCAUGAGCAAGACGGGCUCCCGCCGCAAGAAGAUGAAGAUCUCCUUCAAUGAGACAAGUUUGCAGACUAUGUUCGAGUACCCCUCGGAGAGCUCCCUGGCAGAGGAGGAGGAGGAGGAGGAGGAAGGCCACGCUUCGGAAACAGAGGAGGAGAAAUCUUGCCCCUUUUACGUUCCACGCCCAAAUGGCACUUUGCAUCCCAGUACACCCAACUCAGAUUUAUCCAGCUACACCCCAAAGCACUCCGUGAAGUUCAGCGAGUGGCAGGAGCAGAAGUAUGAGGGUCCUGCUGCAGAGGGACCCCUCCCAAAGGAAGCUGAUUCCCAUGGGAACCAGGACAUGCUCACCCCGGCAGAGAAGGGCGGGCUCUCGGAUUUCAGCAGCGAGCCCGCGCUCUACUUCUGAGGGACUCACCGCGGUCCUGCAGCAGCAGCUGCUGGGCAGGACGUGUCAGUGCAGCUGCCCCGAGCCCGCACAGCGCCCGCCCUCCCGCCCCGCCGCCUGCGCUGCAUCCCGAUGCCAAGGGGGGACCAGGUGCUGUCGGGCAUCUCCGGAGAAUAUUUGCACUGGAUUUUGGGACCUAAUUACUACUUUUGAGGCGUAUGAUUCAUUCUGCCUGUGGCCUUGCACGUUCCUUGUUCAAGAUCGGCUGCUGAUUAGGCGAGUGUGUGAAGGGCAGAGCUGUGAUCCCGGGAUGGAUGUCGAUUCUCUCGGUGCUUGUCUGAGUCCAGGCACUGUGUGGGGUCUGGACAGUUCCUGUAACGCUUUUCCCAUCAGAGGCCUCAGUGGAGAAUGGCUCUGGAGUUGGAGCAAGCACUGGGAGCAUCUGAGCUGGAUUCACAGCGUGGCUGUGAUUGACAGGUGGGGUGUCAGUUUGGAAAACCAUUGCUUUGUUCUUGGCAUGUUUCUGGGACUGGUUUCACUGAACCAUCAUGGAAUCAAUGUGCCCGUUCCGUGCCUGUGGAGUUCACUGCACACCCUGUGAGGGAGGGAGAGGAAUGAACGCCUUUAACUUUAGGUGUCCUUUUUGCACCGAGUCUGUAACGACGUGUCCAGACUGGCUCGAGCCUCUUGAAAAUUCCCAAACAUUGGCCAUAGCUUUGAUCUGUCCCUACCUACCCAAUUUUGGCAUCCAGUCUCUAGGAAUUGCUGGUUGUGCUCCAGUUUGCCAGUUCCUCUUGUUGCUCUGUUCCAGAUCUGACUGAUCUGUCGUGGUUGGUGGGGAGGGUUCCUUUGAACCACGCUCGCUCUGCUCCUCUAAUCAAAGCACAGGAGGGCACUUUCACUCCUUUCUUCUGCAGAACUUGAACAAGGAAUGUGGGAAAUUUUUUUUGUUUUGUUUUUUUUCUAGGAUUUUUAUAGUUCUAUUGUAAUUGUUUAAUGCAGCCAAUAUGCAAAGGAAUCUGCUAGAAUCUUCCAUUUACAUUUUCUACUACUGUAAACUCAGGGUCAAAAUUGCACUCUGGAACAGAUGGAACACUGCUGCUAAUGUGAUUUGUACUUUGGGAUUAAAAGAGAUGCAGUUGGAACAGA